AAUAUUAAAAAAAUGUGGGUGAUUCCAGUGUUUCUAUUUGCUGCUAUGACCGGUUUUACAAACGGAGAGGAGUGGUCUUAUGACUUUGAAACAAAAUGGCCGGGCGCGUGCACAGAUGGCUACAAGCAGUCGCCCAUCAACAUCAUGUCUCGCAGCGCCAUCAUAGACAAAUUUCAGACGCACAUCCAGGGCCCCCUCGUGUUCCGGGGAUACGGCAGCGUCAACGCCUCUGCAGUCAAUAACGGACACACGUUAAAAUGGACAAUAGUAGAAGACGAUGUUCCCCCGGUGGUGUCCGGCGGGCCACUGCGGGGUAACUACAGUUUCGUACAGUUUCACCUGCACUGGCUGUCCGAACACGCAAUCGACGGCAUGAAGUACCCGAUGGAAAUCCACAUGGUGCAUGUAAAGACCGGGCUCACGGUGGAAGAAGCUGUAGAGCGUCCGGACGGCCUGUCGGUUAUCGCAAUGCUGGCCGAGGUGUAUAGUGCCUCUGAAGACAAUGAGUACGCACUGGGGGAGUUGGAGCCAGUUAUACCAGAGCUCCUGGAAAGGCAUGAAGGAUCUGUUCCUGCCUCCGUAAUUGAUCUAACGCGGAUGUUUAGUUCAAAUAUGCAGUCCUUCUACACAUAUCAUGGCUCGCUCACCACUCCGAACUGUCAGGAGGUUGUCACCUGGAUCGUCAUGGACAAACCGAUUAGAAUUUCGGAUACACAGUUCAAACUCUUCAGCAAAGUCGACGUCGGUGGUAUAAACAACUAUAGAAGUCUGCAGUCAGCCAACAACCGUGUUGUACACAGAAGCAGGGAGUCCAGUGCAACAAUCCACUUACCCUCCGCGUUCAGCGUUAUCGCCGCACUUUUAAACCUAUCCUCAUCCGUAAGUGGAGUCAUGAGUAAAGGAGCGUGCACUCUCGUAAACAUCAAGAAGAGAUUCUUCGGAAGCGGAGUUAAGGAUUGCUCAGUAGCAAAAGCGUUAGCAAACUAAUCUUCUUGUAUUUCUUCGUGUAAUUAUGACAACUCCUCUGGCACUAUGGCCUUAUGAUAUGGAAGUCUUGGGUCGUGUUGAAUACCACUUUUUACAGAUGCUAACCUUCAAUGUCGACUACAUGCAAUAAAUAGCGGAAAGUAUUUUAAUGGAGAUGACUGGUUGGCACCGAUGGUAAUUAAAGUCGUUGCUGGUUGGUCUUAAGUUCGGAAAUCAGAUUUAGCUAUAGGGUUCCAGCACAGUUAGCAUGGGUAGGAGCAGCAUCUGCAUAUCCUGUGCAUAGAGGGUAUGCACAGGGUAUGCCGAUGAUAUACGCGUAAUCCCCAGUACGAGAGUGGCGUGCACAGGUAUGCGCAAGUCAUGCGGAUGAUAUAAAAUGUAGAA